GAAUUCUAGACCAAUAGUUACGGAAAAAAGUUAAAAUGGCUCGCGGUGGCUGUUUCUGCGGCAAGAUCCGGAUAGAAUACGUCGGGCAGCCCGUUGCAUCGGGACUCUGCCACUGCAACGACUGCCGCAAACAAACCGGCGCGGUAUUCAGCUUCUGCCUGAUAAUCAAUAGAGCCGACUUGAGGAUCACCGGAACACCCAAGGCAGUGGCCAAAAAGGCAGACAGCGGGAACCACAUCAAGAACUAUUUCUGUGAAGACUGCGGCACACCGAUCUAUGGACAGAGAAUAGAAAAGUCUGGAGAGCCUGCCAGCAGCGCAGUCUUUCGCGCGGGCAUUUUCGAUGACCCUGAAGUGCUGGACCAGAGAAAGCCUGUGGUGGAACUGUACACGAGCAACAGGGUGAGCUGGCUCAACCCUAUCGAAGGCGCCGAGCAGUUCCCUGGUAUGUUGCCUUUGCCGUAGUUAUUCUUAUACGCAUUUAUGAAGGACCUAUGAUAUACAAUGUCUG